UAUAUUUCUUUACUCUCCCGUCCCUUGUAUUAUCGUGAAACUCUCUCUCGCUCGUUGUGUUUUUUCUUCUCCAAUGUCGACGAGCCAAAGUCACCACCAUCUCCUGAGAUUGGUCCUCAGUUGCAGAAAAAUUACUGCCCAAGUCACAAGCCCUAGAACUGAUUCCAUAGUUGCCAUGGCUUCUUCCUCCGAGCAAGAAUUUGUGGCCCAAUACAGAGCGAAGCUCAACAGGUUCCCAAGAUCUCACAGCGUCUGGGACGCAAAGAUUGCUUCGAGGGUCGGCGAGAAACUAGGGUUUCGUCUCAAAGAGAUUGGCGUUUCAGAUGUAGAGAUCGACCUUCACGAAGAGCUCUCCAGGCCGGUCCAUUACAGGAGGAUGGUUAUGCACCUCUUUGAUUCGGUGAAGCGGACUGGGGUUGGCGUGUCGGGGGCUGAGAAAUUGGAGUCGUAGUGAUCGAGGUGAGCUGAUUCUUGGGUUAGGGUUUCAAUUGGAGAGUAUUAAUUUGAGCUCCACAGAUUUUGGAAUUUAUUUUUUUUUCAUAUGGAUUAUGGCCCUUUUGGAUUUUUGUUCUUGGAUUAUGGCCCUUUUUUUCCUAUGCUGUAUAUUUAUUGAGAUGCAACGAAGAAAGAUGAAAUUGUUGUAACGGAGUUGCCUAAUUGUCAAAUUUUGGAAUAAAAGCUUUUACUUCAGAAGUGCUUUUGAAGAUAAA